GAGUGAAAUAGCUCACCUUCCGUAAUACGCAGCCUCCCAUUGUUUUCCCUCCAAUGCUUUUCUCGACCUUCAAGUCAUCUCUGACUCUCUCUUUCUCUAUCCCUCUCUCUCUCUCUCUGGAACUGAAACUGAGUCAGAUGGUUUAAGUUUCUGAGAUCAAUCGAGAUAUGGUUAUCUGGGUGAAUCUUCGAUGAGCAUUAAGGUGUAGGAAUGUGCUCGAGAGUCCAUCCAUGGCGUUCUCGUCUGCUUUUCAAUCCCAUGUUCCAACUAGCUAUCCAUUUCGCCGCACUACGUUAUGCUCUCUGAGGCUCACCAGAAAGGGGCAUUCUCUGCAGAUGAUUAGAUCACUCUUGGAUAAAAGGAAGUUGAACAUUGGAAGUACUGACAAUGGAGCAACAGCGAACAUUGGUAGUGUUGACGUUGGAGCAACAACAAACAUUGGCAGUGCUGAGAUUGGAGCAACAGAACCUGCAGGGGUCCUUUUGGAGGGAUUGUUUGCAAAGACACAGAAGCUGGAAGAACAGAAGAUUGGAGAUUCUAAUAUUUUUAAGGACUUCCAAUUGGGAUUUAACCUUGAAACCCUGGAAUCUGACCUUCAAGUGGCCUUGGCAGCCAUGACAAAGAAAGAAGAAGACCUCCAAGAUGCAGAGAAGACGGUGCUGAUGGAGCAUGCCAAAUUAAAUCAGGCAAAGCAAGAGUUGGAACGACGUGAGGAAGAAAUCGCUGCUGCAAGUUCUAAGAAGGAAAAGCUGGAGGAAUACCUGAAGCAAGCUAAUCAGGAACUAAUUUCUCAAUCAAGGCAGAUUGAAGAUCUAAAGCUUCUCCUCAAGGAAAAGGACCUGGAGAUUGUCACUACAAAAUCCGCACUGAUUUUGAAAGAAGAAGAGAUGGAUAAAAUAAGAAAUGAAUUGGUCAAGAGAAGUGAAGAGGCUGAAAGGUUCAAUUCUGACCUUGAGUCCAGAGAUCAACUCUUGAAUGAAGCUAAUGGAAUCAUUCAGAAACAACAGGCCGAGGUUCAACAUCUCCAAGAGUCUGUCAAAGAGAAGGAGGAAGAGUUAGAAGUAUCAAUGACGCUGAGGAAAGUAGAGGAAGAGAAACUAAAGCUAGCAGAAGCCAACUUAGAGAAGCGGACUAUGGGGUGGUUAUCCGCACAGGAAGAACUGAAGGAACUGGCAGAAGCAUCCAAACAUGUCGGAGAAACAAAUGAAACCUUAGAUGAUUUCAAAAGAGUGAAAAAGAUUCUUGCUGAUGUGAGGUCCAAACUAGUUUCUUCUCAGGAGUCUUUGGCUUGUUCUAGAAAGAAAAUGAAAAACCAAGAACAAGAACUUGAGAAGCAAGUGGCGGAACUUGAGGAACAAAAGCUUCUCGUGAUGUCUUACAUGAAGAAUUUACAGGAUGCCCAAAUGGAAGUAGAGAGUGAAAGGGAAAAGCUUAGAGUUGCAGAGGCAAGAAACAGAGAACUUGAAUGGGACUUGUCCAUUGAGGGGGAGUUAAUGGAGCAGCUACAGGAAAAGUUGAAUAAAGAGAGAUCUUCUGUGGAACAGGCAGCCCUAGAGAUAUCCUUGCUUAAGGAGAAGCUAGAUAAGAAAACUUUUGAAUUUGAAGAAGCACAGAAUCUUCUUCAGAGUAAAGAAUCCACACUGGUGGAAGCCAAACUCCAAAUCCAGCAUCUGAAAUCUCAGCAGGCUUCCCUUCAACUUAUCUUGGAAGAGAAGGAUUUAGAUCUCUUUAAUGCGCAGAAGAAAUUGGAGGAAGCAAACCAAGAAGUUGCUGAUCUUAAGAUGCUCAUGAGCGGCAAAGAACAACGGCUUAUCCAAGCAGCUAAUAUGUUACAAGAGAGAGAAGAGCAUGCCCAGACAAUGCAACAUGAACUGGAUGAUACGAAGCUAAAGUUUUCAGAAGCUGCUGUAGUGGUGGAACGGAUUGUAGAACUCACAAACAAGCUGGUUAUUUCUGCGAAGGAUGAAGAAGAUUCUAAUUCUGGAUUGCUCAGUGAGGAAGAUGUGUCAUACGAAAUGAACCAUAUCCUUUUGCACCCACACCAAUUUUCAGAGAAUCCCAUUGAUGAUUCUAGGAAGCAAACAAAACAUCUGGAACUUGAGAUUGAUCUGACCAGGGAAGAUUUGAGAAUGAAGGAGAUGGAACUUCUAGCUGCACAGAGGUCUCUGGCCAUCAAAGAUGAGGAUCUCAAAGUGGCUGUUGACAGGCUGGAUGAAAGAGAGAGGGAACUGAAGAGGAUGCAGGAACAGAUUGAAGAUGCUGAUGGCCUAAGGAAACUAUAUGCACUUGCCGAGGAGAGAAUUGGAGAUAAGAGUGUAGGGGACUUGGCAAUUGAGAAACUCCAACUUGAGGCUGCUCAACUGGAAGUUGAAGCUGCGAGUAGUGCACUCCAAAAACUCGCUGACAUGAGCAGGGAGCUAUUGAAGACUGCCAGCUUGAGCACUAGCAUUGACACUAAUACUGUUAUAUUCCCACAAUCUGAUUCUGACCCCAGUUUGAAUAGAGAGCUUUUGAACAACGAAUGUUUCGGAGAGGUUGUGACAGAAGUUGCUCGACUUUCAGCUUUAUCGGAGCAACUCAUAAAGGAGGCUGGUAUUGUUGGUGUUGCAGGGUAUAGCUAGGUAAUGGAGAAAGCAAGCUGUUUUGAUCUUUAGUGUAAAUAGAUGACUGUUAUACAAGCCAUACUGUAGGAGGGAUUCUUUUGUUUUCUACCAAGUCAGCAAUUUCAGCAUAAAACCUUCAUAUGUAACCCACGUCUUUAUCAUUGUAACAUGAGUGAAAUCUUGAGCUACCUGUUAGCUUUUAUUA